CCUUUCAUUUGUAAUUAAAAAAAAUGUCUACUGUGCAAUCUGGCCAUAUGAUUCUUUGCUAAAUUUUGUUUAAAAGAUACCACUUUACACAGGCAAUGCAAAACACUAAUAGUGAUUAUCUUUUCUGUUGUUCGCAGUUCUCGUGAAAAUAAGAGAGUCUACAGUCCCAAACAACUAAAAUAAGUCAAUGAUAUUUUUCAUAUUCAGUAUAUGGUUUCUAUAAAAACAAUUCACCGUAAUCGACUCUUAAUCAAUAUAUUUUCAUUUUUGUGAAGUGAAAUAUGAACUUAUGAAUAAAAAAAAAUAAGCUAUGAUUGUUUUGAUUUAAAAACUAUAUGAAGAAUAUAUAAUGAACCACCUCCCCCCCAACCCCAAUACAAAUACAUUGAAACAACACUUACUUUAGAGUCUCCAUUUCAGGGGAAUAUCCUAAUAUGAAGCAUACAAGUAACGGAGUAUUGUUUAGCUUAAAAGUUUUUAUUUGUACGACGUCAUACUAUGCCAUUACGUUAAACUUAUUUAAUACGCCAAGAUCGAUUAUAAAUGUUCAUGUAAAAUGUAUUGUAUAGUUGUAUAUACUUUUUUCUAAAUUAUUGUGUCUUAUCUUUCUUUGUUAUGCAUUAUACACAUGUACUUUUAAUCUAACAGUUCUGGAACUUUUCUCAAUUUCAAUUUUUCUAGGAAACCAAGCAUCCCAAUGGCAUGCAUGUGUAUCGCGCAUAAAUCUUUAUCAGAAAAUCAAAAAAGUGCUUACCUUGCUACAAAAGUAGUUUUUGAAACAUGGUCUUUGAAGUAUCAACCAAAGGUGAAACUCUGACGGACUUAAUACGUUCCAGUAUUUGUUUAUUUGCAAAUCUUUUAAGAUUUAUCAUCAAAUAUAUAUGGAUUUUUUUUUUACAUUUUGCAGCACUUUCGAAAUUCCAGCAAGAUGGUUAUGAUAAACAGAAUAGAUACAUGUUAUAAUGGAUUCAUAAAAUAGGCAUUUAGCCAUGGCAAAAAGUUACAGUUGUGUUCUCUGCAAUAAGACACACCUAACAGUGAAUAACAGAAGAACUAUAAUAAAUGAAAAAUUAAGAGAUUAUCUGGCCAGGACUCUUAAAAGGAAUGUUGAGAAUGCAACUAUAUGCUUGAAAUGCAGGGCACAAGUAUACAGAGAUAUGAAAACAGUGAUGAACUCACCACAGAUGAGACAAGGUAUAGCAACUUGCCAGUCAAACGAUGAUGAUGAUCCAGAUUUUUUAGCAGAGGAAACAUUACCAUCAGAACUAAUUAGCCCGAAAUCUAUACAGUUAAACCUUUCAUCUACAUCUAAAUCUCAUAGACGUUGUACUGUUUGCCAGAAAAAUAGCAGUAAUCGACAUCGACAGGUAGUUGUACCGCAUGAGGCUCGAACUCAGGCUUUCAUUGACAAAUGUAUUGUUAUACCAGCAAAUAGCAGAUGCUGUCCAAAUCAUCUUUUGGGAAACUAUUUUACACAGGAGUCUAUUUCAAAUAUACCAGAGGUAAAUAACACUACACUUUUUAAUAGAAGUGACAUCACUGAACUAUUAAACAGGGUUCGAGGAACAUUGACAUUAAAUGGCAAACUUAAUUUUGAUUGUUCACACUCAUUGUCAGAGGAGGACUACCAGCGACUGACUGGUUUAACCAGGAAUCAGUUCGAAGCUGUUGCAAAUACAGUAACUGACCUAAGAAAAUCUGAAAUAAGAUCUGUAAAGACAUGUUUGGCCAUUCUUUUAGUUAAACUUAGGACUGGACUCUCCAACUCCAUUUUAGCUACAUUAUUUUCAUUGGAAAUACACCAAAUUCAAAGAGCGACACACGCAGCUAGAUCAUCCUUGAUGAAGUCAUUCGUGCCUUCGUUUCUUGGCUUUCAACAUAUGUCCCACGACAAGUUCACUAGGGACCACACCACUCCAACAGCGAGAACUUUGUUUGCAGAUAAUCAACAAGAUACUGGGAUUCUUGUCCUUGAUGGGACUUACAUUUACCUACAGAAAAGUUCCCACCAUCAUUUUCAAAAGCAGACAUACAGUAUGCAUAAAGGGAGGUCAUUAGUCAAGCCCAUGAUGAUUGUCGCUACAGACGGUUAUAUUCUUAAUGUCCUCGGCCCAUAUUAUGCUGACGGUCAUAACAAUGAUGCUUCUAUCAUAAAGCAUGCAUUUAAGACUAAUGCUGAUGAGAUUAACACAUGGAUGCACGAGGAUGAUGUCAUGGUUGUAGACAGAGGAUUCCGUGAUGCAGAAGAGUUUUUGAAAAAAAUGAAUUUCAAAGUUGAGAUGCCUUGUUUUCUUUCUAAGGGAGCAAAACAACAAACAGUUGAUGAAGCGAAUACAACGCGACUGGUGACUAAAGUUCGCUGGGUAGUGGAAAGUGCAAAUGGUAGAAUAAAACAGUGGAAAUUUUUGGAUAAAGUUGUUGCCAACCACUACGUGCCACACAUUGGGGACUUUGUAAGAAUUGUCUGUGCACUUGUCAACUGUUUUAGACCGCCUCUUAUAAAUGAUUUCGGCAAUGAUGACAUAGGUAAAGAAAUGAUUGAAAAGGCACAACUAGACAACCAUGUAAAAACAUAUGUAGAGGAGCACAACCUUUUGAGAAGAAAAACUGUCUACAAAGAAGUUGAUGGUGCGACUGAGCUUGAUAUGUUUCCCAGAAUAUCUCUAGACCAUCUUAGACAAAUUACAAUGGGUAUUUACCAAAUCAAAUCAGCUAAAAGGUACACGGAUGCCCAUCAGGAGGACGACAACUAUGCAUUGUUCAUUUGCAAGGAUAGGCCAGAUCUGUUGUGA